AUGCCUGCUGCAGGAGGAAAGGCCAAGGCCAAGGCACCAGUGAUGUUUGGGGACCUGACCGUCUACUUCUCCCUGGAGGAGUGGGAGGGACUGAGCCCCAUAUAGAAGGAUCUGUACAGAGACGUCACGUUGGAGAACUACCAGCACCUGGUCUCUCUCUGACUUUCUUAUCAGAGGCCAAAUGUGAUCACCUUGUUGGAGAAGGGGAUGUGCCCCUGGAUGGAGCCAGUGAGAAGAGGCAGGGGCCUGGACUCAGAGUUUAAAUGCAAGACCAAGAAGUUACGUCCAAAUUGCAACAAACCUAAGCAAUGCAUCUAUCAGAAACCAUUUUCUGUAGCAUGAAAAGGUCCCCCAGGAAAGAGAGGCUGCAAGAAAAAUUCAGUCCUAAUAAAACCCGAGAAAGUGCAUCCAGGGAAGAAUUCUUUAAAAUAUAAUGACAGUGGGAAAAUCUUUAGUCAAAGUUUAUGUUUUAAACUCCAUCAGAAUUCUCAUACUGAAGAGAAGCCUUAUGAAUGUAGUAAUUGUAGAAAAGCCUUCAGACAGGACUCAGCCCUCAUCCUCCAUCAGAGAAUUCACAGUGGAAGGAAAAGCCAUGAAUGUGGUAACUGUGGGGAAAGCUUCAUUCAAAGAAUGACCCUGAAUGUCCAUGAGAAAAUGCAUGAUGGAAAGAAAACCUUUGGCUGCGGGAAGGCCUUCAGUCAGUGCCCAUCCCUCAGUCUACAUCAGAAAAUCCACCUUGUGGAGAAUACCCCCUGGUGCAGAAAGUGUGGGAAAGCCUUCAUUCAAAGGUCAUCCCUUUUACUUCAUUGGAAGACUCAAAAUGGAAAGACAAUAUGUAAAUGCAGUAAAUGUGCAAGAGGCUUCAGUAAGAGGUCAGUCCUUGUUGUACAUAAAAGAAUUCACACUGGAGAGAAAACCCAUGAGAGUGAGAAGGCCUUAAGUCAGCAGGGAAGUUACCUUUUAGAGAACCCCUAUAAAUGUAGAAAAUGCAGAAAAUCCUUUAAUAGGAUUUCAUCCACUAUGCUUCAUCAGAGAAUUCAUGCUUCAGAAAAACCUUACAUAUGUGAUGAAUGUCAGAAUGUCUUCAGGUGGCUUUCAGCCCUUAUUCUACAUCUAAAAAUUCAUAAUGGAGAGAAACUGUACAGAUGCAAUGAAUGUGAGAAGGUCUAUAAUCGGCACUCAUCCCUUCUUCAACACCAGAAAGUUCAUACAAGGAAAAAGAACUUUGAAUAUCAGGAAUAUGGGAAGAUGUUUUCUGAAACUGCCAACCUUAAAAUUCAUCAGAACAUUCAUUCUGAAGAGAAACCUUUCAAAUGCAAUAAAUGUGGUAAAGUGUUUGGCUUCCAGUCAUUUCUUAUUAAACAUCAGAGAAUUCAUACUGGAGAAAAACCCUACCAAUGCGAGGAAUGUGGGAAGGCCUUUGGCCAUCGAAUAUCUCUUACUCAACAUAAGAGAAUUUAUACUGAAGACAGACCAUAUCAAUGUGAUCAGUGUGGAAAGGCCUUCAGCCAGAGUGCACACCUCACCCAACAUGAAAGAAUUCACAGUGGAAAGAAACCAUACACGUGUAAAACAUGCGGGAAGGGCUUUAGUCAAUGCACAUCCCUUAUUCUACAUGAAAGAAGUCAUACUGGAGUAAAACCCUAUGAAUGUAAUGAGUGUGGGAAGGCCUUCAGCAGUGGCUGGGACCUUAUCCGACAUCAGAGAAGUCAUUCUUCAGAGAAACUCUAUGCAUGUAGUAAAUGUGGGAAGGCAUAUAGUUGGAGCUCAUUCCUGAUUUGACAUCAAAGUACCCAUUCAGCACAGAAAGCCUAAUAUUGUUACAAAAGCAAGGACUGAGGCUCAAAGUAGCAGGGACAGAGGCAUGAGGAAAAGACAUUUGUCUCUAACAAAAAUUUUGCAAAAAUGGGAUCAUUUGAUGAUGCAUCCCACUUUGAAAACCAAACAGCAAAAGUCCUUGGUGAUUUUGACCUGAGAAUUUGAAAUUAA